AUGGCCGCUACCGCUGAAAAGCCCUCGGGCCUUGGCCUCUACGGCAAGUUCGCCUUUGCCGGUGCCGUCUGCUGCUCCGUCACCCACGGUGCGCUCACUCCGGUCGAUGUCGUCAAGACCCGUAUCCAGCUUGACCCCGUUACCUACAACAAGGGCAUGAUCGGUGGUUUCCGCCAGGUCGUCGCCAACGAGGGUGCUGGCGCUCUCCUCACUGGUUUCGGUCCCACCGCCGCCGGUUACUUCCUCCAGGGUGCCUUCAAGUUCGGUGGUUACGAAUUCUUCAAGCAGCAGUGCGUCAACCAGGUUGGCGUUGAGAAUGCCUCGCAGUACAGAACCCCCAUCUACCUCGCUUCCUCCGCUGCCGCCGAAUUCUUCGCCGACAUUGCUCUCUGCCCUCUUGAGGCUACCCGUAUCCGUCUCGUCUCUCAGCCCACCUUCGCUUCCGGUCUCGCCUCUGGUUUCUCCAAGAUCCUGAGCCAGGAGGGUAUUGGUUCUUUCUACUCCGGUUUCGGUCCCAUGCUCUUCAAGCAGGUCCCCUACACCAUGGCCAAGUUCGUCGUCUUCGAGAAGGUCUCUGAGGCUAUCUACCGCAACUUCGACAAGAACACUCUCUCCGACGGCACCAAGACCACCAUCAACCUUGGCUCCGGUCUGAUUGCCGGUUUCGCUGCCGCCAUUGUCUCUCAGCCCGCCGACACUAUGCUUUCCAAGAUCAACAAGACCCCUGGCGCUCCUGGUGAGGGUACCGUCUCUCGUCUCGCCAAGAUCGGUAAGGAGCUCGGUCUCCGCGGUAGCUACGCUGGUAUUGGUGCUCGUCUCUUCAUGGUUGGUACGAUCACUGCUGGUCAGUUCGCUAUUUACGGCGAUGUGAAGCGGUUAUUGAAUGUCACCGGUGGUGUGGAGAUCGCCAAAUAA